CGCUGAAACCCAGAUGUCUGUGUGAGUGUGACCUUCGUCGUUGUGUCCUGCAGUUCACUGUGCAGUCCUCUCUGAUCAGGCACAGACAUGACUUUGUCUCAAUCCGAGCUCGGCAAGAGGCUGAAGGAGACGAUGGAUUCUGGCAAACUGGUCAGUGAUGAGAUGGUCGUGGAGCUCAUAGAGAAGAACCUUGAGUCGCCGGCCUGCAGGAACGGAUUCCUGUUGGAUGGAUUCCCCCGAACAGUCAAACAAGCAGAGAUGCUGGACGACUUGUUGGACAAGAGAGACGAGAAGCUGGACUCUGUGAUCGAGUUCUCCGUCGAUGAUUCUCUGCUGGUUCGCAGGAUCUGUGGCAGGAUGAUUUACUGAUGGAGAAGUAAUAGCACUUUCCUCCAUGUAGCUCCCAGCCUUCUUCACAUUUAUAACAAGGAUCAUCUUUGAAGAGAUUACAGCAACGACUUCAAUCAGGUGGAAGAAUCACUGUUCAUGUU